CCGAGGCCGACCCGCUCAGUUGGACGGGCUCUCGGCCGGAGUUUAGGCUGCUCCUUAGGUACUGGGCCCUGCCGGGACGGCAGCGCCCUGCCCGCGGCGCCGCCCCGCUGCAGCCCCGGGCGGCGGCACCCGUGCGGCCAAGGCCGAGCCCUUCGGCGGGCGCGGGGCCGGGAGUUGGACGGGCGGCGCGCGAGGUCCCCCUGCCCCAGGGCCUCCCCUACGCCAGGGCCCUACGUCGGGGCUGUCGCCGAGUUCGGCACGAGACCUUCUGUACACACUGUGAAGUGAGAAGGACCCUCCAAAGUCAAAUGUCCACACUCAGCUUGGUGAUAGAGUGGUGAAGGCGCCGAUAUUCUGAUGCAUGGCUACUGGACUGAUCCAUUUCCCAGCCUGCAGUUUGUGUUUCAAGGGUGAAGAUCCGGUGCCUGCAUAUAUUGGUCGAAGAUGGAGGACUCAGCAGCGCCUGGAGGCUCUUCAGCAGCUUGCUGUAGGUCAGUCUUCUCUUCAGAUACCUCAGAUUGUGUAUGAAGAUCCUGAAGUUGAUGGAAGAAAUCGCUACAAAUAUUUUGCACAACCUCUUAAGCUGCCUCCAGCAGGUGUUCCAGAAGCUGUUGCUCAUACAAAGGCAGAGACAGAGUUGCAUGUUCAGUCAGCUGCAGGAGACAGCCAGGUCUUUGGCCUCAUGUUCCGAACUCUGGGGACCCAGACGGAUUACAGGGAUGGUGAAGCACAGACAGAUCCCUACUCCCCUGAAUAUAUAGUUCGCAGUGGCUCAGUCCCUGAAAUUCUGACUCUUGCUACACUCACUUGGGGUCGGGGGCUGCCAGCAGGACAAGCUGAGAUGGAGAUUAUUGACCGCAUCCGGGAAAAACAUGCUUGGGAAGCAGCACUGCCACCCAUGGACAGUCCCUCAAAUAUUGCAAAGAGGUUGAAGAUGAUGGAGGUUAUGGAAAGGAAGGAGUGGGCCUAUAGAGAAGAGGAAAUAGAUAAAUUGCAGAAGGUUCAAAUGGAAGUCUUUAAGAAGCUGCUGCAGAGGCGAGAGGAGAAUCAGGAUGAGCUGGAUGCCAUGCGCUUGUACAACCACUGGCAAAAUCAUCAGAAGGCUAAAGAAGAGAAAAUAAGAAAGAUUCAGUGUGACUGUGCACUGAUGCUCAGGAAACUGAUAGCUAAGAGGAAGAAUUGGAUGGGAAAGCUGGAGAGACGAGAUAUCAUCAAACAGUAUAAUGAAUUUUCAUCACAAACAUACGCUCCUUUGUCUCGAAUUGGUUUUUUCCCGGACAACAAUUCUGACUAUUAUGUGGUAAAAAACUUCUAUCUUAACACUGUUGCAGGAUUGUGUGAACUGGAAAAAUCUGUCCAGCAUUCUGUCUCCCAGCUCAAGAUAAAAGCUCCAAAACCUAAAUGCACUAUCACUGAGACUGGCUAUAUUAGAAGGUCAGGAAGACUGCAGGCAGUCCUGGCACAAGUUCACCAGGCACUACUGGAGAAGAAGAAUAAAGUCAAGGAGCCAAAGAAGCCUCCUUCUGUCUGUGAAAAAGUAGAAAGCCCUGUUCCUAAGCCACCCACUUUAAUCCUGGAAAAAACAUCAAUUGAGGAAGAGGAAGUAGACCUGGCAGUGAUCUGUCUGCAGAAGUUGCUCCGAGGCAGGGCUCUUCAGAACAUGAUGUUUGAAGGGAAGGAGAAGCGCCUGGAUCUGGUCCAAGAGCUGCGCACCAGUCACGCACUCCAGGAGGAUGGACAGCUGCUCUUGAAGGCACAGAAGCAAACAACACUGUCUUUACAGCGACAGCAUGACUCACACAUGCACCAGCUGUCCACACUGGAAAGAGACUUGGCUGCGGUAGAAGGAAGUACACUGGCGAACAUGCUUGAUUUUCUGUCCAAAGAGCUGGUGAGGCUGCAAGAAGAACAGAAGAUACAUGCUUUGAUCAUGCUGGCUGAGAGGCAGAGGCGGAUGCGGGAAGCAGAGGAGAGUGGACGGCGGCAGCUGGAAGAGAGCCGGCAACAGGAGGAAGAUGAACUUUUCAGACAGGUGGUGAAUAUUCAGGACAGAACCAUUGACACCUACUUGGAAGACAUUAUCCUGAGUAGCAUGGAGAGGACAGCUGAAGAACAAGCCAGGGAAGAGGUUCAGCAAAGGGCUGUAAAGAUCAAUGACAUUGCUUAUGAAAUGGAAAGUCGUCGAACUCGCCUACAGUCAGAAGAGAUUGUAGCAGAGCUGGUUUAUAAUUUCCUGAUCCCAGAAGCUGAGAAAAGCUUUAUGAGAGAAAGAGUGAGGCAGUCCCAAAGAAAACACAUCUACGCUGCUCAUCAGAUCAUCCACAGGGGCACAGAGAGGGCUCUUGCUGAUCUGGCACCGCAUCAGGAGGCAUCUGCCACCAAGAGAAAGGAGGAUUCUCCUGCUGGGACAGCCAGCACAGCUCUGAGUGGGACAGCUGCUGAACCAAGUGCAGCUGACAGCAUUCAGCCUGCCACAGUUGCACAUGAACUUGGACAAGGCUUCCACAAGGAUCCCACAGCCUCCUAGGACAGAAGAUGAGUGAGGUGAGUUUCCCUGUCCCUCUGUGAUUUGAGUUCAGAGCAUGGCGAGGGAAAGGGAAGCACAUUAUAUUUACUCUUUCAGACCACCCUGAAUGGAAAACCCUCUCUCUUCUUUGGGCUGUUCCUCCUUCUACCUGCCAGCAGUGUUUUCCUGAACCAUUCUGUAUACAUUUUGGUGUGGCAGCUUCCUCCACUCCCUCCCCAAUUUGCUUUGGACUUCAUUAGCUAAUUUUUCUCUUCUGAUUAUUUAGAGAAGCUUGAGUGAGAAAGCAGUGUUAGUAUUCCUUGUUUGUUUUCCUGGCACAGACCAAUAAAAAUCUGAACCUGGGCUUUUGGUGGUAUUUCCUUGCUUCAAUAACAUUAAAAGAAAAAAUACUCUGAAAGUGGGAAAUUUUGAGUUGAGACCAUCAAGAGACAAGCGUGUCCCUGUGAUUUCCUUAGUAGUGUAAAGCCCAGUGGCUUCCUGCAUUAGCACUACUAUUAAUAAAGCACUGCAGCUGAACAAAACCGGUCAGAUUUUGCAUCAUUUUUUUCAUAUCAUUAGUCCUUGGAGAAAGAAAAUGUGCACCUGACCUCAGCAGGGUGGUUUCUGACAAGCAGGCAGUGUCUGGCACAAACCUAGGUGAUAGCAGGAUGACAUAGGCAUGGCGGGACUGAUGCAUUUUCCAGAAAUGUUACUCUUCGG